UGGAAUUUAGAGUGUAUACUUAAAUCACAAUAAUACUCUCUUUUUCAACGAUGUUCGUAAUAGACAAAAAAGUCCCCGCCUACCAAUUAAUACCACUAUUACUUUAUUAGCAACUACCCAAUCUUUCUCCAAACUCAACCUCAAUUUCGAAGAAAGCAAUCCACCAUUACACAACCAUGAAAAUUUCUUCAUUAGUUUUGGUGUUAAUCACAAUCACAACUCUACAAUUCCAAAUACGGCAAUCGAAUUCGCAACAGACGUAUAUAAACAACAAUCAGCUAGACUGUAACAACAACUAUAACAACACAAAUGGUUUUGUGUGCAAUGGAAACAGUUCCUGCACAUCCUACAUCACCUUCAGAUCACAACAGCCGUAUGCUAAUCCCCCAAGUAUCGCCUUCUUACUUAACUCGAGCGCCCCAGCUAUCGCCCAGGCCAAUAAUAUAUCCGAGGUUGACACUAUCCCUGCAGGCCGUCUGGUCAUUGUUCCUGUCACCUGUUCCUGUGGUAGGACAAGAGGGCGAAACAGCACUGCAUAUUACCAGCAUAAUGCACGGUACAAGCUGCAGGCUGCGACUGAAACGUAUUUCAUGACGGCUAACAAUACGUAUCAGGGGUUAAGUACAUGCCAAGCUAUGAUAGCUCAGAACCGUUUCAAUAUCACUGAUCUCCACAUUGGGGAUGAGUUACUGGUGCCAAUCAUGUGUGCCUGUCCUACUGCUAACCAGACGAGGCGAUACAGGUCUCAGUUUCUGCUGUCUUACCUUGUCACCUGGGGUGAUAACGUCGGUAAGAUUGCAGAAUUGUUUGGGGUUGAUCAGCAGAGUGUAUUGGAUGCUAAUGAUCUCAAAGAAGAUGAUGUCAUCUACCCAUUUACGCCGAUUUUAGUGCCUUUAACAUCUGCUCCUACUGGCAUAAACCAUCUGUCUCCUUCACCUGCUCCGCCUCCUCAAUCUACUCCUGUUAGACCUAGUCCUGGUGGUAAAUCUUCCAACAAAGGGGUGUUUAUAGGAAUUGGGAUUGGAGCUGGGGUUUUGGUGCUCGGUCUUGGCGCCUUCCUUGUCUGGUGCUUCUUCAUUCGCCCUUCAAAGAAGAAGCCGCUACCAAUCUACAAGACUGCAGAGAAAGGUGAGAAGGUUUCCGAAUCAUCAUUUUACACACCCACGCCUGUAUCUUAUACCACUACUAGUCAUAUCAGCACAAGAUCAUCGUCUGUUGAUUUGGAAGGAUUGAAGCUUGCAAUCGGGUCAUUGACUGCUUACAAGUUUAAGGAAAUAGAGAAAGCAACAGGGAAUUUCAGUGAGGGAAAUAGGAUUAAGGGCUCUAUGUUUCGAGGUGAAUUCAAUGGUGAUGAAGCUGCAAUCAAGGUCUUGAAAGGUAAUGUUCCUAAUGACGAGAUUAAUAUUCUGAAGAGUAUCAACCACUCCAACAUAACUCGUUUAUCUGGGUAUUGCACCCAUGAGGGGAACACUUACUUGGUAUUCGAGUAUGCUGAGAAAGGUUCACUUGAUGAUUGGCUUUUUCGCCAAGAGAAGCACCUAUCUUCAGACGACGAUUCACUCUCCCCGCCUGUUCUUACUUGGAAACAAAGAGUUCAAAUAGCUUGUAACAUAGCUGAUGCCCUGAACUACUUGCAUAGCUACAUUCAUCCUCCUUACAUCCACAAGAAUCUCAAGACUAGCAACGUACUCUUAGAUAGCAACUUCCGUGCAAAGAUUACAAACUUCGGGCUAGCAAGAACUAUCCAAGAUGAAAGUGAAAACGGGGUGUUACACUUAACCAAACACGUGGUAGGAACUCACGGUUACUUAGCCCCUGAGUACAUAGAAAACGGAGCAGUAACCACCAAACUAGAUGUCUUCUCUUUCGGGGUAGUACUUCUCGAGCUUCUAUCAGGAAAACCAGCAGUAAAACCAUCAGGAACUAACAAGGGAGGUGCAGACGAUUUGUUAUUCAUGGUAAUCAGAAAGGUGUUCGAGGGGGACAAUGUGAGGGAAAAGCUAAUGGAAUUCAUAGACUCGAAUCUAGGAAGGGAAUACCCCUUGGAUUUGGCAUAUACAUUGGCUCAAUUAGGCAACAAAUGUGUUGAUCGUGACAUGAGUUCUCGACCAACUAUGUCCGAGGUCUCUAUGACACUCUCAAAGAUAUACUCGUCGUCUUUGGAUUGGGAUCCAUCAGACGAGCUCGGAAAUUCAUCUUCCUUCAGCCAUACCAGAUAAUUCUUGUAACAAUCCAAUUCAUGUAGUAGUAAUUACAAUCCAACUAUCAUUUAUGCAAUUACAGACUUUACAGUUAUUCAUACCAGAGUUUUACAUUAUAUCAUUCUUGAACAUUCAUCUACUAGUCCCAACUAUUUUUGUAACAAUCCAAUUCAUGUAAUUACAGUUAUAUAUAUACACUUUGCAAAUGUAAUGCCAAUUCAAAGAGUCAUUCAACAAUCAAAAUCUUAUGUACUAUUACUAUCU